CGUCGUGCUACAAAUAAAAAUUAACAUGCUUUCGCAUAGUCGCGGCACCCAAAACGGACAUUAUACGAUGUACAGAAACACACAUUUCUGUUUUCGCGCCAAAUCAAUUCCCGGGAGUGGUACUUUUACGUCCGCAUACUUCGCACCGUCUUAAAUUAAAUCUCAUUUACACGGUAAUGUUUAGUAUACUUCUACUGUGAUAACAAGCAUCGUUUAUCGUUGGAUUGUUGUAAGAAAACAUUAAAAAUGAGUGAAGCAGCUUCUCCAAAGAAAAUCGCACCCAAGAAGAAACCUGCUGCAAAGAAGACAGCUGAUCACCCUAAAUAUGUGGACAUGAUCAAGGCUGCUAUCGCUACCCUAAAGGAACGCGGUGGUUCAUCUCGCCAAGCUAUUACAAAAUAUAUUCAUGCAAAUUACAAAGUUGCUGAAAACUCAGAUCAUCAUCUGAAAAUGGCUCUUAAACGAGGAGUAACAUCAGGCGAUUUGAUUCAAACUAAAGGCACUGGUGCUUCUGGAUCAUUCAAGCUAGGUCAGGUAAAAAAAGAAAAACCUAAGAAAAAGGCCGCAGCAAAAAAGCCAACGGCAAAGAAGCCUACUGCAAAGAAAAGUACACCAAAAAAGAAGAGCACGCCAAAGAAAGCAGCAAAGAAGCCUGCCACAAAGAAAGCCUCGGCUAAGAAACCAGCAGCUAAGAAACCCACAAAGAAGCCUGUUGCUAAAAAACCUGCAGCAAAGAAGGUCAAAAAGACUCCCAAAAAGGCAGCAAAGAAGACCGCAAAAAAAUAAUUUGUGUGUAUCUGGCUAUUACAUUAACAAACGGCUAUUUUUAUAGCCACACAUUUACAAAAAAACAUUAUCUUGGUACAAAGUUAAAC